CUGGGGGUCCGGCAGCGCUGACUAACCUGAAUUUCCUGCGCUUGGUGGAGAUGCCCAGUCGGGGAACGCGCCCGGAGGACAGCGCCGUGCUGAUUCCCACCGACAACUCGACCCCACAGAAGGAGGACCUCUGCAGCAGGAUAAAAGAACAAAAAAUUGUUGUGGAUGAACUGUCUAACCUGAAGAAGAAUAGGAAAGUGUACAAGCAGCAACAGAACAGCAACAUAUUCUUUCUUGCAGACCGAACAGAAAUGCUUUCUCAAAGCAAAAACUUAUUAGAUGAACUGAAAAAAGAAUACCAAGAAACAGAAAACUCAGAGAAGAGCAAAAUCAAGAAAUAGUCAACUUGACAUCACAUAACCAUGUGUGGCAUUUGUUGUUCUGUAAGCUUCUCUGCUGAGAAUUUCAGUAAAGAGUUAAAGGAGGAUUUACUGUAUAAUCUUAUGCGACGGGGACCCAAUAUUAGUAAACAGCUGUCAAAGUCUGAUGGUAGCUACCAGUGUUUAUUUUCUGGUCACGUACUUCACUUGAGAGGUGUUUUGACUGCCCAGCCUCUGGAAGAUGAAAGAGGCAAUGUGUUCCUGUGGAAUGGAGAAGUCUUCAGUGGAAUAAAGGUUGAAGCUGAAGAGAA